AUGGCAUCCAGAAGAGCAGGUGAAGCCACUUCCGGUGCCCUUUCUUCCCUCCUCUUCCUGGUGGGAAUCUGACUUUUGAAUUUCCUCUCCGAGUCUUUUCCACAGACUGGAGGUGCAGCAACAGAUUCCUUGCAGUCUCAGUGGGUGGCAAUCUGCUAAGCCUACAAGGUGAGGUAGGUUUGAAAGAGGAAAGUUUUUGAAAGGAAGAGCCAGUUCUAGGGAGAGGAAGAAACUAUACGGGAGAAGCUCAUCUCAUUGGCUGGAGGAAUUAUCACCACCUACUUCUGGCUGAUUAGAAAACCUGCUUUUUGUCACCCAGGGACAGGCUUCUUUUCUUGACCUUGCAGACUUUAGAAGACAUCCUCUGAGAACUCUUUCACAUUUCAGGGAAGACUGGAAAGUGGAUAACAAGGCAACUCAAGGAGAAGAAGGCAGCGGCAGCCUCAAGCCUGGAAAUGGAGGAACAGGACGUGGCAGGCCCUAAAUUAUGGGAUGGACAUGAAGGAGUUGCAAAAGCCACACAGGUGGGAGGUAUUGGCGAGUUUCUGAUUGAGGCCCCACCACAACAUGUCAAAUGUGAACCAGAUGAGAGGCUGCAACAGCUCUGGGAAAUCCAGUGGCAGGAAUUCCUGAGGGGACUGCAGGCCCCUCACUCAGGACUGGCAGACCGACAGAUGACUGAGGAGCCCAUGCUGUGGGAUGAUGCUAAGGCUUUUCUAGUCUCCUUUGAGCAAGUGGCCUCAGCAUGUCGGUGGCCUCGGGACAAGUGGGUGGCCCUCAUCCUGCCAGCCCUCAGCGGAGAGGCCAAGCAAGCCUUCAGCUGCCUCAGUGCCCGAGACAGAGGAGACUAUGGGAAGGUGAAGGCCGCCAUCUUGCAAGGGGAGGCCCUCAUGAGGGAGAGGCAGCGCCAGCACUUCCGGCAGCUUCGUUAUCAGGACCUGGAGGGGCCGAGAGGCGUUUAUAGUCAACUGCGGGAACUUUGCCUUCGGUGGCUGAAAACAGAGCGGCACACGAAAGAUGAGAUUCUGGAGCUGCUGAUCUUGGAGCAGUUCCUGAGCAUCCUGCCUGCAGGCAUGCAGAGUUGGGUGAGGGAUUGUCGACCAGAGAGCUGUGCCCAGGCGGUGGCCCAGGCAGAGGAUUUCCUGUUGAGGCAGCAAGAGGUUGUGAAAACAGAGCAAAGGGCACCCGUACCAUUUGCAGAGCUGGCUGCCGAUUCUUGUGGGACAGGCCAGGUUGCGCCAUCGGAUGCUUGGACUGGGCACUUCUGCAAGGAGGCCGAACAGGACGAGGAGGCAAGAUUGCUGAGUCAUGGGCAGGGGAACGAGAGGAAUGCCCUCCACUGGAAAGGUCCUCAGCAAGUGGAGCCAAAUGAUGUAGCUCUGAGAAGAGACAAGGAUUUCCAGAAGAAGAAGAUAAUAUUUGAGUGUCAGCAGGGACCAAUGAGCGAGCAGGGGAACAAAUAUGAGAAGCUUGUAGGUGAAUCCAUUUUCUGUACAGAAGGUGAUAAACAGAAGAAAGAAAUCGGAACACAGGAAAGAGUCCAGUAUGGUGAGGCACAAAACAUAUUUUCUGACCCUGAGAGAAACUUGGGAGUUAUGCCACAUCAAAGAAUGCACACUGGAGAGAAAAUAAACACUUCAUCACCCUGGGGGAACCAUUUGAGUCAGAUACAGGACAUCACUGCCCAUGAAAUAACCCAUACAAGACCCAAGAACACACACAAAUGUUCCCAUUGUGGAUCAGGCUUCAGUUGUGGGUCAGGCUUUAGGGAACACAUGAGAAUCCACACUGGAGAGUCUCCGUAUGGAUGCUCUUAUUGUGGCAAAAAUUUUGGGCGUUGUUCAGUCUUUCGGGAUGACAUCGGAACCCACAUGGGAGAGAGGCCACACAAGUGCUCAGACUGUGGGAAGAGCUUCAACCGAAAGCGCUACCUGACAAUACACGAGAAAAUGCACAGAGGAGAUAACACCUACAAAUGUGUUCACUGUGGGAAAAGCUUCCCAAAGAGAUCCAAACUUGUGAUCCAUGAGAGAAUCCAUACGGGUGAGAACCCAUACGUUUGCUCGGAAUGUGGGAAGGGCUUCAACCAGAAGGGAAACCUCAUGACUCACAUGCGGUUACACACGGGAGAGAAACCAUACAAAUGCACCUAUUGUGGGAAAAGAUUCAGUCAGAAGGCAGGCCUUAGUGCACAUGAGAAAACCCAUACAGGAGUGAAAAGAACCAUGCUACGACACAUGUUUAUUAGACACGUUUCUGUUGGAUCUCUAGACCAAGGGCUACCCUAUGUGUCGGAACAGGGUGAAGCUGCAAAGGGAGACAAGUCUGUCUUCUAGCAAACUAUAGUGCAUUUUAAUAAUAUAUUUGUCGGUUCACAGAGAGUAAAAGGGAUUUGGCAGUAAUGUCUUGAAUUCAGUUAUCAAAAUUAUCACAAUUCAUCUGCUAUGCAACUUAUUUUCCAGCUCCAUAGCAAAAAGUGGCAUUCUUCAAUUGUGAUAGCAUAAUUUUUCUGUAUGUCUGUAUAAUAAAUUAUUUAUUAAAAA